UAACAAGACUCGCUAUCGCUUAGGUACUCUCUCCAAUAACGAUUCCUCCCCCUUUUUAUAUUGACCCUGCCGUCUGCCGCCGAUUCUUCCCUCGCCCUCGACUCUUUAUAUCCCGCGCCGAUAGAAGUUCGCUCGUCUAUUAUGGCCUAUGUACCACCGUCGUUUCCGAGAGGCCGGUUACAUGCUGCUGUCUGUAUCCUAGCGACGGCGCCACCAAGGCUCACGAGUGACGGGCCCGUCGACUUUGCUUGGGAUAGGCCCGAGGAUGUCGUCCGUGGAAUCCUUCUGGAAGGCUACAGCUCCGCAGCUCACUUACUUCGCAUGCUACUGGAUAAUCUCGCCAUGCCGCCCGCCGAGCCGCAUCGCCAGACACCCGCAGAGGCUGCCUGCGUACGCCUGCGCCCGCCGCCUCCGUAUCACCACGUUAAGGCCGAAUCGAGACAUGCCACAUGGCCAGGGAGACCUGUCAAGUCUCGUCUCCCGUGUCUCAUCAGCAGGGAACGCCUCGCGACCUCACCUCCUUUCGCUCCCGCCUCCAAUCUCAGUGCCCAAGCAGGCAGCCGGUCUGGUCAGGUCGAUCUUGUACGCACAGGAGUCCUCCGCGACGACCACCGCUGCCGUGCGACGACCGUGCCACCUCGACAUGCACACUUGACUCGUCACACCGCCCGGUUUACCGACAUCCAUGUAGCCGACUCUCGCGUGGCCGCUCAGGGGCCUCGCUCUCCUGAGAUGAGGCGCGCGUCAAGCUAGGCAGAGGGCGGCAUCCACUGGUGAGGAAGGGAAGGGUCUAUUAUUAAAUCACGCAGACGGGUGGUCGUAGACCAAAUCCUUCCCGCU